AGAUUCACAGUAUAUUAACAAAUCGUUGUGUACCGAGUGGCAUUCACUUACAAGCGAAAAUGGAAAACAUUUUGUCACCAAUGAAUUUUAUUUAUUCAUAAACACUGACGGAGAAAAGUGUAAACUUCUUGUUGAACAAGAAAGAAAAAGAUCAAUCAUCAAAUAAAACGAAUGUAAUGAAUGAAUCGUUAAGUCAGAAAGUGACUGAAACCACUUCUGACCUACUUAUUUCACUUGCAAAUGAACCUUCACUGGCUUAUUUUCAUAUUCAAGAACAUAUUAGAAAAUCAGUUCCAGAAAUCUUGAAAUACCAAGUUGAAAAUUUCUUGUAUUUUUGUAAUAUUCUUUGUGUGUAGUUGAAAGUCGAACAUUUAGAUUCACAAUUACGUGGUUCUUGUUAUGAUCUUGACUAUGCACUUGAUAAUGUUAGAAGUAUCUCAAAAGCUACAGUACAUUUUAACCGGAUUAACGAGCUCUUGAAGUCGAGCUUAUUUGCUAAACUUCAGUUGGAUUAUGCACGCAUGAACGCGUAAGUCCCUAGUUUUGCAUACAACACACUCAAAAUAUUACUACUCUAUAUAGCUAUGAUUCUAUUAUUUCUUGGAAUUCAUCAAAUGAAUAUAACUUAACUCACUAUCGAAGGGAACUACAAUGACAACUGGAAUUUUGUGUUUAACGCAUAACGUAUGGUACACUUGUUGACAAGUGGUUUAGAUUAGACUGUCGAGCUACGCAUAUAUGGAGAUAUCACCUACGACCCUAUUGGAGAUUGCAACUUUUCUGAGAAAGUGCUAUGCGAUGAUUAAACGCAACACAUAGACUGUCACAAACCAUAACUACUAUACGGUAGCUUGUGAUGUAACUCAGCUAACAAUAAUAUUUCAGUGGAUACGCUUUCAAGUGAUGACUAUCUGUUGGGUAGGACUUAGGUGUUUAGUCCAUAACUCAUAAUUAAAAAAUAACCAACAUGUUCCGCAUAAUACAAUACUUUGGAAGAUUUCGGAAUGUAAAAUGUGCAACUAUUGCUCUUCCAGUUAGUAAGACAGUUAUGUGAAGCGGAACACUAAUUCCAACCCCUUCGGAAGUAAGUUCUGGAAACUCAAUAUGAACCACCAAUUCAUUACAAAUCCACCAGUUGAAGUAGGCAUCGAUCUUGUCUCGUGGGAUCUAAAUGAUGAAGAGCUGUUAAGGUAUUACACUUGUAUCUAUACGAUUACCAGCAAUGGUAAAUAUGCAACAGAAUGCUUUAUUUUAAUUCGCUAAUCUUAGUUUGCUUCAAAAUUACAUGUGUAUGGAUGCAGUGCUUAAUCUUAAUACAUUGUUUGUUUGCAAGUUUUUGAUUCAUUUUUGUGUGAUUUAACACGGUGGUUGUGUGUUUUCUGUCAGAGAUUUCUUUUCAGGAUUAUUGCACUUACAUGUCACUAUCCUAUGCUUUCUUGCUGGUCUGUUCGGAUUUGUGUUUAGUAAAUAAAGUUAAUUUUCCCCGUUUGAAAUCCUCUUGUAGUUUAAGUCAUAAAGAGCCACGAAAACGAAGACCAACUCAAUGCAACCAAAAUGUACACACUGACGUUUCUUUCCAAAACAAAUGCACAGAGAUCCCUACAAACUCACGAACACUAAGCCACAUAUCCAGCACAGUGUCGACAGCAGCUGUACAAGUACGUGAUCAAGCUAUCAAUUUAGGCAGGAGAGUUUUGUGGACACAAAGUGCUGAUGUGUCUUACUCUAUCAUCUCACCGAUUUUAUCUGAUUCUAAAAUCACUAACUCCUCGAGUUCAUUUGAUGAGAAACCAAAGUUUUUGGAAACCUAGUUCAACAAACGAAACUGUUUUAUAAGCAGCUACUUCUUAUAAUUACUGGCAAUGUUGCACAUUGUAUCAUACAAAUACAAUACUCUUAUACCUA